UAUUCCAUAAGGAUGAAGUUAAAAAAAAAAAAAAAAAGUGAAAGCCAGCAAAGGGAGGAUAUACACUAAAGGGACAUUCAACCAAAUGAGAAAUUAAGACAAAUCAAAAGCCAGCAAUAAACCAAAAUGACAGGGAAUAUAAAUCAAAUCUCAAAAAUAACCCUGAAUGUUAACAGCCUAAACUUAUCAAAAGACAUAGACUGGAUCUUAGCCUUGCAACCAGCCAGCAAGAAAUGCCGCGGUCCCUGGAAGCCUGCGUCCCAGGCCCACAAAAAAAUGAUGAAAGCUCUCUGCAAGAAAAAGAUAAAGGUGAGAAUUCUUUCCAAGGGAAUUCUGACAAGGAAAACGUAAAUUAUGAAGAUGAUAAAAAUGAGCUUCCACCAUCAAACCUCCAGAAGGAUGAUGGAAACAACCAGAUGGUGGAUGUCCAUGAGGACCCUGAAGUAAGACAUGACUCCUCUACCUUCCAAGUCAACAAUGGGAAUAUAAAAUGGAAUAAGGAAUGCCAAGAUAAAAUUCCUUCAGAAAAAGAAAUGAAAAAGAGCACACAGGAUGAAGCUGUGGGGAGAAGGUUCAAGAUCACAAUUCCUUAUGGGAUGAAGUAUAAUAAGACUUGGCUAAUGAAUUCAAUCCUGAGCCAUUGCUGUGUCCCCUUUACACCAAUUGAUUUCCACUAUAUCAAAAAUCGGGCCCAAUUUUUUGUCCAGGAUGCUAGUACUGCCUCUGCAUUGAAAGAUGUCAUGCAAAUUUGUGAUGAGGAAAAUCAAAAGAUAUCGAUCUUUGUCAAUCCCUGUAUUGAACCAAAUACCUUGCAGAAUAAAUUCACUCCAGAAAAAAUGGAGAAGCUAAUGCUAGUGAUGAACAAACGAUAUGAUGUCUCACAGCAAGCCCUUGAUCUCCAGAAGCUCCGCUUUGACCCAGACUUGAUGGAGCAUGACAUUGACAUGAUCCUAAACCGAAGACAGUGUAUGUUUUCUACCCUUCAGAUCAUUGAAAGGAAUUUCCCUGAGCUGUUGUCCUUGAACUUGUGUAACAACAAACUAUACUGGCUGGAUGGCCUAUCUGACAUUGUAGAGAAAGCCCCCCAAGUCAAGAUCCUGAACCUCUCCAAAAAUGAGCUGAGGACCUCCAAGGAGUUGGUCAAGCUGAAAGGGAUGAAGCUGGAAGAGCUAUGGCUAGAAGGAAACCCCUUGUGCAGUGACUUCCCAGAGCAGUCUGCUUAUGUAAGUGCUAUCCAGGAUUGUUUCCUCAAUUUGUUACGCCUGGAUGGCCAGGAGUUACCAGAAUCAAUUGGAAUUGACAAUGAAACACCUGAAAUAAUAAAACCUUGUAAGGAAAGCUAUAAAGGAUAUGAUAAUCUGAAGAGUCUAGUAUUGCAAUUCCUGCUUCAGUAUUACCUCAUUUAUGACUAUGGAGAUCGACAGGGUCUCAUUGAUGCUUACCAUGAUGAGGCCUGCUUCUCCCUGACCAUUCCCUUCAACCCUGAGGACCCAGACUCGAAUAGCUUGGAAGAGUAUUUCAAGGAUAAUAGAAAUAUAAAGAAGCACAAGGACCCCUUUUUGCAGAUGCAGCUGCUAAAGCACACAAAAUGUGACAUUGUGAACUGCCUCAGUGUAUUGCCCAAAACUCAGCAUGAUUUUAACUCGUAUGUGAUAGACCUAUGUGUCCAGACAGAAAUGAUGCUCUGUUUUUCUGUCAAUGGAUUGUUCAAGGAAGUGGAAGGAAAGUCUCAGGGUUCUGUUUGUGCCUUCACCUGGACCUUCAUCUUAACUUCUGGCAGCAAUUCCAGUCUGUGCAUCGUGAAUGAUGAGAUGAUUGUGAGGAAUGCCAGCCCCAAAGAGACCGAGAGCGCCUUCUCCAUCCCCAUGCUUACACCCUCCUCCAACUAUGUGCCUGACCUCUACCAGGAGCAGCAGGGAAUAGCACAGCCUUUCUCCACCAAGUCUGAGAUGCAGAGCCUUGAGCGCUCUCAGAAGUGCCUUGAAGACAAGGAGGAGAUAACCAGAGUUGGUCAGGUCUUCACUGUGUUCCAGGUCAAGAAUCCACAGGAGGCCUCAAACAGAUGCCCUAAAAGGAACCCUUGAAUGUCAUUUUCCUUUUAAUCCACAUUAUUGUGUCUCUCUUACUAACUUAUGACCAUGCCCAUGUCUGAGGUUGACAGUCUUGCUGUUCAAGAAGCCAAAGUUAACUUGUAGGUCGGGUAAUACAACUAUCCAAAAAGCCAGUUGUUAUAUGAUUAUUUUUCACCACUGAAGAUGGCUGUUUAUUAUCAUAAUAAAGAGUGAAAUAGCAUGUUACAAAAAAAAAAAAAAAAGACAUAGACUGGCAGAUUGAUUAAAAAGCAAGACCCAAUAAUAUGCUGUCUUUAAGAGACUCACCUGGGCAAAGAUGUCCACAGGCUGAAGGUGAAAGGAUGGGGAAAACUUAUCACUCUUAUGGAUUAUGUAAACAAGCAGGGGUUUCCAUUCUCAUUUCAGAUAAAGCAGAUUUCAAACCAAAGUUAAUCAAAAGAGACAAAGAAGGGCAUUUCAUACUCCUUAAGAGAAGUAUAUAUAAGCAGGACAUAACAAUUAUAAAUAUUUAUGCCCCAAACCAGCUCAAUUCACAAUAGCUAGACUAUGGAACCAACCAAUAGAUGAAUGGAUUAAGAAA